AUGAAGAAUUGGACAAAGGAAAUUUGCCACAAGAUUUUUAAGAAGGUAGAGAUUAAUAAGGCAAAAGCAGCAACUAUAAAUUACAAUGGGAGCCUGAACGUAAUGGAUUAUGUGGAUGCAUGUUAUCACACUCAGACAUAUUUCAAGGCAUAUGAAAACCUCAUACUACCUAUGAAUGGGAUGGAGUUGUGGGAUAGAACUAAUAUGCCACAAUGUGUGCCUCCUUCAUACUUCAAACAACCUGGAAGGCCAAGAAAGGCUAGAAGGAAGGAAGCAGGUGAAGGCCAAUGUUCUUACAAAAGUUCAAGACUCACUGAACAAACUACUCAAACAAGUGAAGCUGGUCCUAGUACAACAUCAACGCUAGCUAAGCCUGCAAGAUCUGUGCUGAAAGGAAAAUGGAAGAGAAAGACCACCAUUGCAGUUGGAAGUUCAAAUGCACCACCAACUGAUUUAGCUGCUCCAUCCUCAACAUCUGCCCAUCCUACAAGUGGAUCUGCCCCUCUUGCAUUAACUGAAACUUUAACUAGCAAUUCUUAUUUAUUGAGGAAACAGCCUAUGGUUGUGGGAGCAUCAAACUUGAGCAAGGAAUGA